UGGCGGCGUGUAGCCCAGAACCCUAAUUCUUGUCUUGGAGCAAGAAGGGGGGGUAUUUAAGCUGCGAUCCCGCCGUGCUGCCGCCGCGAUUCACAUUGUCGAGCAUUCCAGUCCGGCGCCGCGAUGGAUUAAGCAGCAAGCACAGCGAGGAGGGAAUUGGAAUCUUCGCAGGAACUGGCAACAGGUGGUUCAUUGGUUUGAAAGAGCUAGCUCGGAGCGAAGAAUUUGACGCUUCUGGCAGGAUAAGCAGGAUUCCUUCCGACAGCAACUGAAAACACAGCCUCGCAAGACCUCCCCGAGUUGAUGAACCCCGUCGAGAGAUCCAACUCCAACACCGCCACCACCAGCAGUAGCGGGAACUUUGUGUGGCUCCCUUCACUUCAAGUUUGGAGCUUUCGCCCCGCCGAGACGUCUAUCAGCUCACAGCACGGUGGAGCCAUCAUGCCUGGGCUUGCACGGGCUUGUUCACAGCAGCAUCAGCAGCAUGAGAUAACGUUCGAGCUGAGGCAACCUUCUCGGUUGCCAAUGCAUCGAGAGGACGAGGAAAAGGGGGCCGAGGCAGAGCACGUCUGUCCGAUCUGUCUCGGGGCGAUUGAGGAGUCGAAGAACGCGUCGCUGUGGUGGUGCAUGCACAGCUUCUGCGUCGGCUGCAUCGAGGAGUGGAGCAAAGUUCGCAGGUCGUGCCCGCUUUGCAAGGCCGAGUUCACAGGUUGGUACCACACCAUCAAGGGGCAGAAGCGUGUCGAGAGGAUUUUGCCGCCGCUCGACUACAGGCCUUCUUUGGACUACAGGCUCUCCACAGCCGAGGAUUACAGGUUGUCCCUGAGCGACUUUCGAAUUUCUACAUCGGACUAUCGGCUGUCCACGGAUGGGAGGCCCUCCAGCGUGCUUCCCGAGAGGCGGACGAGCACGAGUAGGAACCAAGCAAGGCUGGAGAGAGAAGUUGUCAGGAGCACUAUGACAUUUCGAUCCAGAUUGCGGUUGCAACAACUCAUGCAGUCGAGGGUCAGCAGAUCGUACCGGAGAUCAAUCCCUUUGCCCCGGCAAAGAUGUUUCAUAUCCCCCGCUGAGAGGGAGAGGCUCACUGCCGAAGUUCUUACAGAAAGAGCUCUUUCGUGGCGUACAAGCAUAUACAGGAAGGGUCUUCGAGCCGUUCCGUUGAAUGUGAAGAAGCGUAUGGAAUUAAGGCCGUAUGAUCUCGACGCAAAGACGAGAGCCGAGCGUCGUUUGAGACCCUGGAUCACACGAGAGCUGAAAGCCAUCCUGGGAGACGCAGAUCACUCCGUGUUAGAGCACCUGGUUCUCAGCCACUGGUUUUCUUACAGAAUCGACGCGAUAGAAGGGUCGGAUGAUUCUCCUGAAGGUCCGAGGAAGAGCUCGAGCCAGAGCUCGUCCGAGGCCGUUUCGCAGCUCGAGAGGUUUCUCGGUAGCAACGCAUCCACGUUUUGGCACGAGUUGAGAUGCUAUGCCGAGUGUCCAUACACGAUGGAAACUUAUGACAGCAUCGUGGUGUACGUUAAAGGCGAGCGUCAGCUAUUGUAGAAGCGACUGGAUAGCUAGGAGAUUGUUUAACAGGAUUCACAGACAGCUCACAAGCAACCUGUAAAAAAAAAGAAGCCAUUUUCCUUGUACCAUGAAUGACUUUGAAAAGAGAUUGAUUUGCUUUCCUGGAACAGCAGGAGGAA